AUGUCGUGUUCAGACUGCCUGGUCGCUUUCAUUGGUUGCGGUAACAUGGGAGGAUCUAUACUUCGCGGAUUACUCGAUGCUGCUUUCUCAAGUGGACAACACGAGAAAGAUGAAAUACGGCCGGUAUCUCGCCUCAUUGCUUGCACCAAGAGUGAGUCUUCCGCUGCACGAUUGAAGGCAUCUAUCCCAGAAAAUCAGCAGCCCUGGGUGAACGUAAUCGCUUCACACGAUGUGCCUAUACAAGUAAUGGCUGAGGCAGAUGUCGUUAUAUUGAGCUUCAAACCUUUCAUGGCCGAAGGUGUGCUCAGUUCAAAGGGUGUCAAGAAGGCAUUGGCUGGCAAAAUCGUGAUUUCGCUUCUCGCUGGUCAAACAACGAAAAACCUUGCCAGAAUUAUUGAAAAUGGAGACCCACAUUCGAAAAAUUCUCCUACAAAUGUAAGAGUGAAUCCGAAAAUUGGAGCACGGUUCCGCCAAUCUAUGACGAUUAUUGAGGCAUCGGAACCCCCGAUUCCAUCGACGGCCACCAGUAGUGUGGAUUGGAUUUUUACCCAAGUAGGUUGCAUUAAAUAUCUACCUGAAGCCCAAAUGAAUCUCGGGUCAGUUCUUGCUAGUGCAGCCUUAGUUAUCAUGACUGUUCCAAUUGAGAGGAUGCUUUACGGAUGUGUAGCGGAAGGACUCAGGCGACCAGAUGCCCUAGAGAUAGCUCUACGUUGUAUGCGUGGGCUUUCACCUGCGUUAGAAUCUGGUAUUCAACCAUCUGCUCUGCGGGAAUGUAUCUCAUCUCCUAGCGGAGCCACCAUUCAAUCUUUAUUAGCCCUGGAAGAGGCAGCAAGCCGAGUGGAGUUUUCUAAGGCAAUCAUUCCGGGGACGCGACAUUUGAACAGCAGCUAA